AUGGCCACUGCUCUUCUACCAAAUGAUGAUUUUUACAAAAGUACUAAUGUUAAGUCUCUGGAAAUAUUCUCUCUUAUUUGGCUCGAUGCAAAUGUAGAUGUUAAAGGCACUCGAGACACAGAAGUAAAACUACGUUCUAUUAUUAAUCAUAUCAAGAAAUUUCAAGAUAUAAACGAAUGUCAAAAAUAUAUUCAACAAACAUCACAAAAAGAUCGAUUAGUAAUUAUUGUUAGUGGUCGAUUGGGAAGAGAAAUAGUCUCUUCAAUUUAUAAACUUCGACAAGUUAUAUCAAUUUAUGUUUAUUGUACAGAUAAGAAAACCAAUGAAAACUGGGCUUCAAAAUUUUCAAAAGUGAAAGCUGUUGUCGUUGACCUUGAUGAACUCAUUAUUCAAAUCAAAGAAAAUCACAAAAUCCAAAAAAAGCUCGAAGAACCAUUAUUAUAUAAAAUUUAUACAACAAGUGCUAGUGCAGGUCAAUCAACAAUGAACGUUGAUGGACAAUUUGUUUUUUCUCAAGUUCUUAUCGAUUGUCUUUUACGAUUGAAAUCUAAUGAAACAGACAGAACUGAACUGUUUGAUUCUUGUAAAAAUCAAUAUGAAGAUAACCACACAGAACUAAAUAAUCUGCAUGAAUUUAAAAAGGAUUAUUUACCUAACAAAGUCUUAUGGUGGUACACAAAAGAAACAUUCUUCUAUAAAACUCUUAAUGCUGUAUUGCGUGCACAAGACAUUCAUAUGAUUUUUUUAUUUCGUGAAUUCAUUUCUGAUAUUUGUCAACAAUUACAAAAAUAUCAAUCUAACAAUUCGCUAAGAGUUUAUCGAAGUCAAAUGAUGGCAACUGAUGAACUUGAAAUGCUAAAACAAAACAUUGGCCAACUUAUUUCUAUUAAUUCAUUUUUUUCCACUAGUACUGACUAUUCGAAAGCCGUCUCAUUUCUUAAUUUUUCUGAUGCUUCAGAAGGUUUAGAACGAGUAUUAUUUGAAAUAUAUGCUGAUCCAAAGAUGGCCACUACAAAACCGUUUGCUGAUAUUAGCCGACAUAGUUAUUAUCCUGAUGAAUCAGAAGCGCUCUUUAUGAUUGGCUCCAUCUUUCGUCUUAAAAGUAUUAAUCGUAAUGAUAAACAAAUUUGGAUCAUUGAAAUAACUUUAUGCAGUGAUGAUGAAUAUGAUUUAAAACAAGUUCUUAUGUAUAUGAAACAACAAAUUGGAAGUGGAGAAACAAAUCUUCGAACAUUAGGAAAAGUAUUAUGGAAAAUGGGUAAACUUGAUUUAGCUGGAAAAUAUUUUAAUCGUUUAUUAAAUGAACUUCAACCAAAUGAUCCUUUAUUAAGCAUAUUAUAUGAAGAUCUUGGUGCACUUAGGUCAAAAGUUGGAAAACGGAUUUCAUGGACGCGAUGGAAAAAAGCUCAAUGGUGUGUUUUAGUAGCUAUUAAACUCAGAAAUAAAAUUCUUUAUCGACGUCAGGCUUUCAUUAUUAUUCAAAGUCAUAUUCGUAUGUAUUUGGUUUAUAAACGUUAUGCAUCACGAAUUCAGGGUUUAAUAAAAGUUAAAGCAUUAUAUGAACAAUUUGCUGCAAUAGAGAAAAUUGUUAGACAAGUAAAAUUUAAUAAAGAAAUGUGCAAACAAGUUGAACAACUAAGACAACAAAUUCAUAAAUUAAUUACUGAAGUUACAAAUACAUCAAUAACUUCAACACAAAUUGAAAAUGCAUGUAGUGACCUAGGUGCAUCCAUUGAUCGUGCAUUUCGUAGAUCAAAACAAGUUCUUGUUGAACAAGAAAUAGAAAAAGAAGAACGUUUAAAAAGAAUUCAAAUGGAACUCGAACGUGAAAAAAAUAAAGAACUUGCUAUAGAAAUGAGAAAACCUUUCGAACAAGAAAAAGAAGAAUUUCGACAAAGUUCAGCUAUUGCUCAAGAUCAAAAAGAAGGACAGUUUAAAAGCAAAUUAACUGCGGAAGAAACAAAACAGCAAAAAGAACGUCAAGCAAAAGAAUGCGAUAAGGAAGCUCGUUUAACUAAAAUAAAUGAACGUGAACGUCGUGAUCAUGAUUUAGCACGACAUAUUGCUUUAGAAACAGGUAGUGAAGCUGAUUUACCAUGCCCCCAUCGAUCACGUCGUCCUGUUAUUAAGCAAGAAUAUGAUUUAACUAAACAUUCAUAUGCUGAAUUACGUGAUAUACUUAAUAAAUCUUGUGAUCUGGAAUUGCUUGAUGCAUGUAGGGAAGAAUUUCAUAAACGUUUAAAAGUUUAUCAUGCAUGGAAAGUAAAAAAUCGAAGAGCAAAGAAAUCAUCAGCUUUAGAUGAAAAAUUAGAUGAAGUUGAUGAACAACGAGCUCCACAGGAUUUUUUAAAUAAUGAAAUCAGUGAUCCAAUAUCAAUGAAUCGUGGUGCGUCAGCAUCUGAUGAAGCAAUUCAAGAAGGUAAACUAUCAACAAUAGCAUUUCUUAAUUCAAGUAAAGAUACCGAUGUUAAAGGAUCUGAACAACGUUAUUUUUGUAUACCAUUUGUUCGUUCUAAUGAUCAAAAUCGAGAUACAGAUAAUGAGCAAAAAAAGGAAGGAUGGUGGUAUGCACAUUUUGAAGGUAAAUGGAUUGUUCGUCAAAUGGAAAUUCAUCCAGAUAGAAAAGCUGUCCUUCUUGUUGCAGGUGUUGAUGAUACGAAUAUGUGUAAAUUAAGUUUAGAUGAAAUAUGUUUAACAUCCAGAAAAGGUGCAGAAAUUCUUGAAAGUGAUUUUGAACAAAAAUGGCUUGAACUUGAUGGAAAACAAUAUUUAGAAUCAAGUUUUGAACGAAUUCGUUCGAAAUAUGUUGUUCAGCUACUUCAGAAGUACCGUUAA